AUGGUGAAGUCAUAUCUUCGGUACGAGGCGGCGGCAUCUUUCGGAGUUAUAGCAUCGGUUGAUUCUAACAUAACCUACGACAACUCCGGCAAGCACCUCUUGGCGGCGGCGCUCGAAAAGCUAGGCGUAUGGCACGUUCGCCAGGGCAUUUGCACAAAAACUCUAGCUCCCUCUCCUUCCUCGUCGCUUGGCCCCUCCCUCGCUGUCACUUCCAUUGCCUCGUCUCCCUCGUCUCUCAUAGCUUGUGGCUAUGCUGAUGGUAGUGUAAGAAUAUGGGACACUGAGAAAGGAACAUGUGAAACUACUUUGAAUGGACAUAAAGGCGCUGUAACGGUCCUCCGGUACAACAAGGUUGGAUCUUUGCUUGCUUCUGGAAGCAAAGACAAUGACAUUAUUUUAUGGGAUGUGGUUGGUGAGGCUGGACUCUUCCGUCUUCGUGGGCACCGUGACCAGGUUACUGACCUUGUUUUGUUGGAUUCUGGUAAAAAACUGGUUAGUUCAUCCAAAGACAAAUUUUUAAGGGUCUGGGACCUUGAAACACAGCAUUGCAUGCAAAUUGUUAGUGGUCAUCAUAGUGAAAUUUGGUCCAUUGAUGUUGAUCCGGAUGAAAAAUAUCUGGUCUCUGGGUCUGCAGACCCUGAACUCCGAUUUUACAUGAUAAAGCAUGAUUUGGCUGAUGGAAAAACUCCACUGGAUAAAAAUGAAUCUGAUGCUGGUAAUGGAAAUACAUCUGCUCAGAACAAAUGGGAAGUUUUGAAGCAUUAUGGUGAAAUUCAGAGGCAGAGCAAGGAUAGAGUUGCUACAGUUAGGUUCAAUAAGUCUGGAAAUCUGCUGGCCUGUCAAGUUGCAGGGAAAAUAGUGGAGAUAUAUCGGGUGUUGGAUGAGUCUGAAUCUAGACGUAAAGCAAAAAGAAGAGUUAAUAGAAAGAAGGAGAAGAAAGCUUCUAAAGGGGCAGACAAAAAUUUAAAGAUUUGGGGUCUAGAUUUUGGUGAUUGCCACAAGUCCCUUUUUGCUCAUGCCGAUAGUGUCAUGGCAGUUAAGUUUGUACGCAAUACGCAUUACAUGUUUAGUGUGGGGAAAGACCGCCUUGUGAAAUACUGGGAUGCCGACAAGUUUGAAUUGCUUUUAACUCUUGAAGGUCAUCACUCCGAGGUCUGGUGUCUUGCAAUUAGCAACCGUGGGGAUUAUCUUGUAACAGGAUCUCAUGAUAGAUCCAUUCGCCGUUGGGAUCGUACAGAAGAGCCUUUCUUUGUCGAGGAAGAGAAAGAGAAAAGGUUGGAAGAGAUGUUUGAAUCUGACAUUGAUCAUGCAUUUGAAAAUAGGUAUUUGCCAAAAGAAGAACUUCCAGAGGAAGGAGCUGUAGCAUUAGCUGGGAAGAAAACUCAAGAAACUAUUAAUGCCACUGACUUGAUAAUUGAGUCAAUAGACAUGGCAGAGGAAGAACUGAAGCGUAUUGCUGAGCAUGAGGAGGAGAAAUCAAAAGGAAAAGUUACUGAUUUCAGGCCGAAUAUUCUUAUGCUAGGGCUUUCCCCUUCUGAUUAUGUUCUGCGUGCAGUUUCUAAUGUUCACACCAAUGAUUUGGAGCAGACAUUGCUAGCUCUACCAUUCUCAGAUGCUUUAAAGAUCUUUUCUUAUUUGAAAGAUUGGGCUUCUUUACCCAAUAAGGUUGAGCUUGUCUGCCGGGUUGCCACAGUGUUAUUGCAGAUCCAUCACAACCAGCUAGUUGCUACUGUGGCCGCCAGACCUGUCUUAACUCUACUCAAAGACAUUCUUCGUGCAAGAGUUAAGGAAUGCAAAGAUACUCUCGGUUUCAACUUGGCUGCAAUGGAUCAUCUCAAGCAAUUGAUGGCUGCAAAGUCAGAUGCACUAUUUCGAGAUGCAAAAAGUAAAGUAUUAGAGAUUCGCUCAAAGUAUUCAAAACGUGCUGAAGCAAGGAUGGAACCAAAAGAAGAAAGGAGAAAAAAGAAGAAACAGAAGAAGAUAGAUAAUGGACAUGUUUGGUCUUGA